AUGCUGAUCAAGAGCGAGAACGCCACCAUCUCCAUCCCUGAGCUGGAGUUUGAGAUUCUGGGGUCAAACACUCCCUGUCUGGGCUUGACGAGAGGGGAUGUGUCGUCGGUGCGGGACGUGCUGCUCACGUCAAUCACCAAUCUCCAGAUGAAUCAGCACGAGCGUGCACCGGAGACCGCAGAGGCCAUCGAGUCUUUCUUGACAGAGUUGCAAAAGCUGACUGAAGGGCAGCAGCCGUUCACCUUGGUGAUGGACGACCCCUCUGGCAACAGCUACAUCGAGACAACUGGGGAUGGCGACGCCGCCCUCACUGUCGAACAGUACGAAAGGAGCGUGCGUCAGGCCCUUGCGAUAGGCCUGCCUGUGCAGGAGGAGCUGGAGGAAAACACGCUGGAGAGUGUGGCGGAGGAGGACGAGCUGGACGAUUGA